CUCGAUACGGUCUUGUGCUGUUACACUGUACUGGCUCCCAGCUCGUCGGCCCAGAAUUGAGUUGCAGCUCAGGUAUGGAGAAUUGUCCCUCGCCUUUCGGACAAACUAAGCCAUCCGCCUCCCGGAUCUUGGGCGCAGGUAGCCUUGGUAGCUGAGUUACACCGCAAAACUGUCCUCCGCCUAAAGAGCUCCCUAGCACAAGGGACAUGGGCUUUCGUUUCCUUCUGCCGACUAUUCCCACGGCGAGGGCCAUCAUGCUUCUAGCAUGGCUGCAAGCCAGAAUACGACAAACAGCCCCGUGGACCUAUUCUUUGAUAUAUGCUUGUUUGACAAACUCAGGUGCCUUCCUUGUUUGAUGAAGUCAAGUGAUGUUAUUGUUCAGAUAUGCUCUUCUCAAGCUCAGUAUCUCUUGCGCGGUAUGAUUCGUACCAUGUUUCGCAAGAGCUGAUUCCCACCAGCCUCCCUCUUAUUAAAUCUGGAACUGAGCACGGUUUGGAGUGAGGAGACUACGAUCUCAAACUCGGGACCUGCAAAGUGUUUGGGCCAUGCUCGUUGAGCCUGAUUCCAUUUACUCAGUGGAUCGCGGCAUACAAGGACCUCGAAGCCCACGUCAAGCCCAACGAGAGGGAAAGCUGCUUGUCGUACUAUUUCGGCAUCCCGGAAAUCCAUGCCACCAAUUUCUUCCCGCUCGCCUUAUCUGUUCGCCUUCGAGCAGUAUCGGACCCGCGAGGACUUGUACGACACGCAUUUCAACUCCGCGGCCAUGCGGACUUUCCUGGCCAAGAUCCCCGCGACGAUGACGACCGGUCUCGACCUCACACACUACGAAGAUAGCAGCGGCUUCCUCAACAGACACAGACUCACACACUACGAAGAUAGUAGCGGCUCCUUCAACGGACACGGACACAGACAAGUGACGUCGCAGCAUGGUGAUCAUCUGAAGUAGUACCGGAUCAUUUGGGAUACUAGGAUCUGGACGUAUCCGGGAAAACGGC